AUGAUGGCGUCGCAACGAAUCUCCAGUCGAAAAGGUCAUCUUCUACGCUAUCGGAACAAAAUAGAGACAAUGAUGAACCUAGACCAUCACCGCCUCAAGAACACCUGUCAUCGCAACCGAAGUGUGAGCAACCGAAGAGUAAGCCGGGAGGUGGAAGACAGUGGUGGUUACGAACACAGGACAGAUUCUGGUAAACCUCUGUUUGCUUUCUCUAGCAUCACGACACCAUUGUUGAUCCAAAAAGAGUUAAAUGGAUGGAAAAGGGAAUCCGUUUAUGAAUUCGGGCCUUAUGCCUUUAUAAAGUUGAAGCCUAUUCCUGGAAGGUAA